CAAUCAAGUGUCUGAAGAGGUAGUUGUCCAUUCUGCGACUGGAAAGAUCCGAAGUGUACUUCUGCUUUGGCAACAGGAUGCAUCGGUGGGUUUUAACCUUAGUGAUUCUGCAUUGCACUGCAGCUCAAGGUUUGAAUCUGCCAGUUAUUAACCCAGAUGCCUCAGAAAUAGUCCUGGAUGUGGGGCAGCAGCUGAGCCUUCACUGUGAGGGGAAUGAGGAUGUGAUCUGGAUCACAAGACUGGCAAAACACCAGAAACUAGAGAGGAAGCAUGGAAAAUACAGCACCUUCACAACCAAAGCUACAGCAGAAUUUACAGGCACCUACAAGUGUGCAUAUCAGAACCGCACUGAUCUCUUUACCUCUGUGCAUGUUUAUGUGAAAGAUCCCAAGAUCUUCUUUGUAGCAGGGACGUACAGUAAUCAUAUUAUGAAGCCUGAAGGAGUGCAUGUUCUCUUGCCUUGUUUAUUGACUGAUCCGGGAGUCACCAAUUUGUCCCUCAGGAUGGAAAAUGGUAGUUCAGUCCCAAGUGGAAUGGUGUACACUGGGGAUCGACAGAGAGGAAUAACCAUCAAAAACGUUGAGCCCAGGUUCAGUGGUGAUUAUGUCUGCGUAGCCAUGAAGAAUGGAGUUGAGAAAGUCUCAAGGACAUUCUCCCUCAAUGUCUAUCAGAAGUUACGUUUCCCACCAUACGUAUUGGUUGAACGUCAGGAGCAUGUGCGCAUUGUCGGAGAGAAGUUUGGAAUCAGCUGUUCCACAAGUAAUCCAAACUUUAAUUACAAUGUAACCUGGAAACAUUCAGCAGGCAAGAAUUUUGAAGUGUCAGAAGAAGUAAAAUACGAUGGAAGCCAGCUGUCUAUAAUGAGCAUCUUUGAAAUCUUUGCUGUGAACAUGUCGGACACAGGGAAUAUUACUUGCAUAGGCAUGAAUGAGGCAGGCAUCAACAGCUCCACAACAUAUUUGCAAGUUGUAGAGGAAGGCUAUGUGAGGCUGUCACCCCAGUGGGACACCACUCUAGAGGUUCCUGAGGGAGAGGAUGUGGAACUCAAGGUGCUGAUUGAAGCCUAUCCUGCACUAUUGGAAUCAGGAUGGGAUACACCAAGGUCACACAAUGUUUCAGGUCAUAAAGAAGAGUUUCACAGAUUUAAUAACAGGUAUGAGUCUGUUCUUAAGCUGAACAGGAUGAAAACAACAGAGAGAGGCCAGUACACGUUCUACGCAGGAAACGCAAACUCAAACUCGUCAGUUACCUUUCACAUUCAAAUACACCAGAAGCCUGUUGCUUCUGUAGGCUUUCAGAAUACCACAAACCAGCUACUCUGCAAAGCUUCUGGUUACCCAGCCCCCACCAUUCAGUGGUACCAAUGUCCCGGAAUCCAAGACCGCUGCACAGAGAACAACACAGGAAAGAUUGAGCAGCUCAGAGGAAAUACUAUCAUCUUACAGACAGACCCCAAUGGAAACAUUGAGGUUGAGAGCUCUGUGACUGUGGGGACAUUCCAUGAGAGGAUGACUGUGGAAUGUCUGGCAUCAAACUUUGCAGGAGAAGAUCAUGUAGCAAUUCUGACAGAAGUCAUAGAAAGGCACUACUUGGUUAAUGAUAAGCUGUUCAAGCCAACUCUCACAGCUUCCAUAGCCGUGGCAGCUCUCUUCUUGAUUCUUCUUAUGAUCCUUUUAUAUAAGUACAAACAGAAACCCAGGUAUGAAAUCCGUUGGAAGAUCAUUGAAGCAAGUGAUGGGAACAACUACACUUUCAUUGACCCAACCCAGCUUCCCUACAAUGUCAAAUGGGAAUUCCCCAGGGACAAGCUACGCCUAGGAAAGAUCCUGGGUGCCGGUGCAUUUGGAAAGGUUGUUGAGGCAACAGCCUAUGGUCUUGGGAAGGAAGACACUGUGCUUCGAGUAGCAGUAAAGAUGCUUAAACCGAGUGCCCAUUGUGAUGAGAGGGAGGCCCUGAUGUCAGAACUAAAGAUCUUGAGUCACCUGGGACAUCAUAAGAACAUAGUAAAUCUGUUGGGAGCCUGUACACAUGGAGGCCCAGUCCUUGUUAUCACUGAAUACUGUAGCUAUGGAGACCUACUGAAUCUCCUCAGGCAAAAGAAAGAGAGUUUUCUAGCCAAUGUGGUCAGUGAGCCCAUCCUGGAAGAGACCAGUGACUACAAAAACUUGAGCAUCGACAAGACGUACAUAAGAAGUGACAGUGGUAUUUCAAGCUCCUCUUCGGAUGGUUACUUGCGAAUGAAGUCAAGUUUUAAUGGUUCCAGAUCUGCUCAAGGCUCCAUGUGUGAUGGGAUACAGAAGGAUAACUGGUCCCUGGACAUGGAUGACCUGCUCAGGUUCUCCUAUCAAGUUGCUCAAGGUCUGGACUUUCUUGCUGAGAAGAAUUGUAUUCACAGGGAUGUGGCCGCAAGAAACGUCUUGCUAACUGACGGACGAGUUGCUAAGAUCUGUGACUUCGGGCUGGCGAGAGACAUCAUGAAUGACUCCAGCUAUGUGGUGAAAGGAAACGCACGUCUCCCAGUGAAGUGGAUGGCCCCAGAGAGUAUCUUUGACUGUGUGUACACUUCUCAGAGCGAUGUCUGGUCCUAUGGCAUUCUACUCUGGGAGAUCUUCUCCUUAGGCAAGGGCCCAUAUCCCAGCAUGCUUGUAGACAGCAAGUUUUACAAGAAGGUGAAAGAUGGAUAUCAGAUGUCCAGACCUGAUUAUGCUUCUCCUGAAAUAUACAACAUCAUGAGAAUGUGCUGGAACUUGGAACCAACCAAACGACCGACUUUCAACAAGAUCGGGCAGCUCAUUGAAAGACUGCUGGGAGAUCAAAUAAAGCAGGACUAUGAAAACAUCCAGUGUUCCACCACUGAAGAAACUGAACCCUACAGAGACCCAAAGUCAUGUGACCAAGGAGAGGAGGCCCAGCCCCUGCUGAAGACAAAUAACUAUCAGUUCUGCUAAGCUGGCCUCCUCCAUCUUCAUGGACCUACUGUACAGUGGAUCACUUUUCAAGAGGCAAAGGGGUGUUUUGGAGCUGGUGCGAGUGAAGCUUUUGGGCAAUCAGGGCUCUGGCUUGAAAUCCAAAUUUCACAGAUCAAUCGUGUUGCUUUUGUAGCAUGUCUUGUCGACUGUGUCAGCGGAUUAUUGCAUUAUUACAUUUAUUAGACAGAACUCAGCAAAUGUUUUUAUUAAAUAUGCAUUUUGUUGAUAAACUCUAUUGCAUGCACUAUUACUCCAGUAAAGAGCCUUCUGUUUUAAAGGCGCCUUUCUGUAUUAUAAAUAGCUUUUAGAAAAAAAACACUGUACCCUUUCAAAGAAUGAAAUUUUUUUACAUAGCAAUUAACUGUUCUCAUGCGGCACUGUGUUUAUUUUUAUCACACACAUUUGUUAUUCAGGUGGAAGAUUCUGAAACUAACAGAAACGAGAUCCUCUUUUUUUCAAGUUCUAUCAUGUAAGCCAAUGUGAGUUACCUCACCUCAAAUGCCAAGUCAGCAAGAUUUUCAGGGGAAACGAAAGUUCGGAUUGUUGCAUUUUUCAUUGUUUACUAUGGUCUGGCAAACCACUUUCUCAGGUUACUUUAAGAUCAGAAGCCAAAUGAUCCACAAAGUGGUUUUUGGCUUAUAUAGGCCUCUAAGAAAUGUGAUAGCCCUAAAAGUCAAAGAGCUAAUGUAACUUACUUACAAGCAACAAGAAUCUCAAUACAUUUUAGAAUACGAGUGUGUUUACACUUGGGUGGGGGAAAGACGGCCACUAAUUACAAUACGCUAAGCUUUUAGUGAAACAGUACGAAAAAAUGUGUCUUGCACGUUAACAUCUGAUGACGGAAAUGUGUAUUGACAUAACUAUCGCUUCCCUUUCUUUAAUGGGAAGUUGGCAGGAAAAUAUUGAAUAUUGCAACUUUAGCUGUUGUCACCUAUUCUGUUGCUGCGCUAAUUCAAACAGAAUCAACGGUAUCAAUACUGUUAUUCAAGUCCAUGUGUAGUUAAAAUGUAGUAACUUAGUAAAUGCACAGCCUCACGUGUAAUUAUAAUUACAACAUAUGCUAGCAACUAACAAUAAUAUAAUUGAAAAAUAUGCUAGCAGCUAUCAAUAAUUUUCAUUUUAUAAUAAGUAUAUUGCUGCAUUGGAUCUAUAACAACCAUAUAUGUAAAGACUGUUACUGCAGUGUAAUUACAGUGUAGUUAAAGUGUUACUGAAUGUCACUUUCCAGUAAUGUAAAAACACCCAAUGUGACUUGUUUGUGUCUUGAGUCUCAAAACUCGCAAUUGAGUGGGCAUUUGUUUCACCCCAAAAAUUGUUAAAACUGACAUAAAUUUCAUAUAACCUUUUUUAGUAACUCUUUAUAUCAAAGUGCUACUUAUUAAUAUUUUAUAAAUGUUUUAUAAACAUAUAAUAAAUGUUGUAACGAUGUUGUAAAGUUUUAAUAUAGCAUUAUAUAUAGUUUAUAACCAAGCAAUAGCCAUAGACGGAAUUACUGUUUUAUAAAGGGGGCAUUAUUUUGCCACCUACUUUGGGAUGUUUAACCCUGCAAUAGCCAUAAACAGAAUUACGUUUAUAUAAAGGGGACAGUUCUUGGCCACCUAUUGUACUUUGGGAUGUUUAAACGUAAUUGCAUCUAUGCUAUUGUAUGAUUAUAAACCAUAUAUAAUGCUUUAUUAAAACUUUGUAACAUAGUUAUUACACAUAUAUUAUACAUUUAUAUAGCAUUAGUAAGCAACACCUUAAUAUAAAGUGUUACCUUUUUUUUAAUGACAGAUCAUGGGUUUGCUGACUUGGAAUUUGUUUUAUAAUACUAUAUUGGUAAAACCAACUGCCACCAUUAAUAUUUAAUAUAACGUUCAAACUGUUUAAACCAUAUUAAUUGACUAGAAAAUUAUUUGUGGCAUCAUAAACAGCACUAACUGGGUAACAGCUUACUGCCACACAGUUUGCAUUUGUCUU